AUGGCCGCAACAGCCUCGGCGAGUGGUAGGGAUGCGCUUGACCUGAUUCGUUCCGCCAUCAAAGGUGCAUCCAACUCGCCAGAUCCAUUGGCAUCCAUCCAGCUUCUUGACAGCCAGUCUGCACCGUUGCAGUCAGUUCUCCAAGCAACAACAGUAAAGAUAGGCGAUGUCUCGCUCGACAAAUCCGCUACAACACGUCUAGCACGAUCCAGAGACGGGCUCGCGGCGCGCCUUUCAUCUGGCAAUCCACCAAACCCCGGCAAGGAACCAGGGUUCUUCUACAAUGUGGAAGCAGUCAUCCUUGCCCUUCAAGCACGAGAUGAACGUCCAGGUGCAUACCUAGCCCAAGCAGCAACUGCCAAAGUCGCCUCCUUCCCCACCCUAGACCGAGCAGCUAUUCUCGACUAUCUGCUCGGCAAGCGUUCUGAAUGGGCGGGUGUACUCAAAACCGUUGACCUCCCCGCCUCUGCCGCCGGUGCAGCGGCUCCUACAGUCGCCGCACCAGAUGCAGCGGGUGUCAAGCGUCCGUACAAGGUCAACAAGGACGAUGUUGCAUAUGUCAAACGCAUCCGAAACCAAUACGAGAUUGUACUGCGCACACGAAACGAUGCAUUGCGAGGCAACAUCGCAGGCUUGGCAGGAGGAGCAGCAGUGUCGCGCCUAGCAGGGAGCAAGGUUGCUGAUUUUGAUAGCUUCCGGAAGACCUUUUCGGCAAAAGUGGAAGCAGCGAGAAAAGCAGCAGGCAAAGCGGCACCACCACCACCACCACCACCACCACAACAACAACAACAACAACAACAACAACAACAACAACAACAAGAAGCUGCCGCCCGUGCAGGUGUUCCUGCAAGCGGACAGGUACGCAAACAGCGUGCUCAGGAUCCUAUCGUUGUGUUGUCGAGUUCUCCUACAGCUUUGUUGAACAUGUUCAACAUCAAGCAGUUCUUGGAGGAGGGCAUCUUUGUUCCACCAGAAGAAGCUCGUCAGAAGGCACGAGGUGUAGCUGAUCUGGUCGUGUCGAUCACUAGUCGCGGUGGCAGCGGGGCCCAAGGUGGGACGGGUGUAGGCAUCGGUCGACGUAUUUUGGUUGUGGAGAGCGCCGAGGCAGUGACGCGCUUAGGAGGUUCGAGUGGGUCAGCACCGGCUACAGAUCCUUGGAACAGGGUCAUUGCCGUGUUUACCACUGGUCAGGCAUGGCAGUUCAAGACAUACAAGUGGAACGAUCCAAGGGAACUGUUUAAGAACGUCAUGGGUGUUUAUGUUCGUUGGCAUAACGAACCGCAGAAUCAGAACAUUAGGCACUGGAACGUGUUGGAGUUGCAAGUGGAUAGAAACAAGCGACAUACGGAUAAGCAGGUGGUUAGUUUGUUCUGGCGUCAAUUGGAGAGUUGGACUCAAAGGAGGAAGCCUCAUCUGAUUGCCUAG